AUGAACGGCGACCACGAGCCACUCGGGCAUCUAUGGGUACCCCAUUUCAUCACACGUAACCCACGCGUCGCCUCUAUAGUUGGACGAACGAUUGAGAGCGCAAGGACUACAGCAGCUAAUUAUGAGACAAUUCGCGCGUUUCUGGAGCUAUUUGAGCGUACUCGGAUUGAGCUGGGUAUACAGUAUGAAGACAUAUGGAACAUGGAUGAGACUGGGGUUGGUCUUGGGGUAUGUACCAACACCAGAGUGGUUGCCAAUUCA